GACGACCACGCGACGACCACAGGGAAUUCCACUACGGCCCUACCGACUCCCCGGCCCCGCCUAACGAACUCAGUCAGAGAGUCACUGGUUUCUGCUCAUUACACAGUACUCUCUGUGUCAGUCUCCAAUUAAAGGUGUUCAUGUGUGUUGGUGUCUCUCAUCUCAAUGAUCUUAUCACUCAGCUCGAUGAGCUCAUUGCAAUCCUCUGCGUUUCUUUCGUCAUUUCUGUUGUAACGAAGAUAAUGUUCUUCCUAUCUGUUAAAGAUUCAAGAAUUCUCUACUCACUGAUCUUUCAGUGAAGUUCCUCCUCUCGAUCUCGAGUGGAGUCUGGAUUAGAAGAGUUCUGAGCUUUGACACCAGUGCUGUCUGUCUUCCUCCCUAUGGCGGCUGAGAAUAUACUGAAAUCCAGAGAGGUCUCGACAAUGAUAAAGCAGGGUUUCAUCCCAAACCCAUCUCUCUGUUUUUCUCCUUCAAGGAUGGUUUCUAGGGUUUCUCCUUCCUCUUCUCCCUCCAACCCUUCUCCUCCUCCUGCUUUCUCUGAUAAGCUUAGAUCCAGCCCUUCCUCCCUAUUCGAUAUGAUGUCCGAUUCCAGGCGUGUCGUUGACAAGCAUCAAGAGCUCCAGAAGAGGGUUUCCAGGAUCUUGGCUGAAGCUCCAUUUCACAACCUCAAUGGUGGGAAUGUAGGUGAUGUGAAGCUUACCAUCAGCUCCAAAGACGGCUUUAGGGUUUCUAUGAACGUGCAUAGCCGGGUGCUCGCCGGUCGGAGCCGUUUCUUUGCGGAGAAGCUUGGGCAAGAUGGGGACGUUUCUCAUUCUGUGGAGAUCUGCGAUUGCGACGAUGUGGAGAUUUAUGUGGAGACUGUGGUCAUGAUGUAUUGUGACGAUUUGAAGAAGAGAUUGACGAAUGAGGAGGUUCGUAAGGUGUUGGGUUUGCUCAAGGUUUCCGCAGCUAUUAAUUUUGAUGCUGGGAUAGUUUCUUGUCUGGAAUAUUUGGAAGCAGCCCCAUGGUCCGAGGAUGAAGAGGAGAAAGUUAUAUCUCACCUCACUCAACUCCAGCUUCAUGAUUCAGUCACAGAAGUUCUGCAAAGAAUUUCAGUAGAGCCUUCUAGUUCAGCUGGAUCUGAUGAGAUCUUCAUGCGACUCCUCAGCAGUGUUCUACAAGCCAAGGAUGAUAAAGCCCGACGAGAAAUGAAGACUCUGGUAUCUGGUCUGCUCAGAGAGGACACCAUUGCUCACAGCAAGCGUAACAGGGUUGAUGUAUCUCGAGAAACCCUCUACCAUCUGUGCCACGGAUGCCUUAGUUCUCUUGUACUUUGUUUAUCUGAAGCUGCAAGCUUGGAUGAGAGCAGGCGGGAUCGAGGAGUGCUAAUGGGUGAGAUUGCUCGAGAAGCUGACAAUAUGCAAUGGAUUACUGGUAUUCUGAUUGAAAAGAAGAUAGCCAACGAGUUUGUGACAUUGUGGGCAGAUCAGAAAGAGCUUGCUAUCCUUCAUUCGAAGAUCCCCUCAAUGUAUCGGUAUGAAAUUAGCAGGAUCACCGCUCAGCUGUGUAUUGCAGUUGGGAGAGGGCAAAUCUUGUUGCCAAAAGAUGCUAGAUAUUCUUUGCUAUCAACAUGGUUGGAAGCUCUAUAUGAAGACUUUGGAUGGAUGAGGAGAGCUUGUAGAUCAGUUGAUAAGAAAUUGGUGGAGGAUGGAUUGAGUCAGAUGAUUCUUACAUUGCCACUAUCACAGCAGCAGGCUAUAUUAUUGAAUUGGUUUGACCGAUUCUUGAACAAAGGAGAUGAUUGCCCCAAUAUCCAGAGAGCAUUUGAGGUCUGGUGGAGAAGAGCUUUCAUCAGGCAAUAUGUGACCGAUCAGGAUCACUCGAAUUUACAGAUUGCCGUCUGUGAUGAUCCUACCUAAAGAUGGCAUGUAUUUUCAGGAGGACGAAGAAGAUUUUGACUGUGAGCUCCACCCUUCAGGUGGCGUUUCUAAUCCCAGUGCUCUUUAUUUGAGCUUCUGUGCCAUUUCUCAGUCCGAAGAGUCAAUGUAAAACUUGUUGCAAGGCAUGAGAUCAAUCUUAAAGAGGCUUUUGAAGUACUGAAUCAAGAUAAUCGAUCUCUCUGCCAUGCGCUGAGUAGCUGCUAUGAGCAUCCCAUGCAGCUUCUGAUGACACCAGAUCUGUGGUUAGGAACUAAAGACUAAUGAUGGAUAUGACUUCCCACCAUUCGGAUUGAAGUUUCUGAUGACAACAGAUCUUUGCAACACCCUUGUGCCUGACUUGGUCUCCGAUUAAAACAUUGAACUGGAGACCAGUACUCCAGCCACUGCAAGGCUGUGAAGAAAUAUAUCAAUUCCAGCAACUCAAGAGAUGAGUGAUGAGGAUGAUGGCAAUGGCAAAUGGUUAUCCUCGCAGACUUGCUAACUGUUUUACUGUCUCGAGAAUAAUUAGUUCUGUGACAUCGGUGAUAGAACUCAAUGUAAAGUUUUACCAACUGACGUUGGCACAAUUUCCUUCAAUUCCAGGUACUUAACAAUUGGGCAGGUUUUCCUACCAAGAAAUAAAGCCACUUGUACAA